AUGGAGACGUAUACGUGUGGAUGUAUAUUGUUUUUACUGUGGACGUGUUUAACAUAUAGUCAAGCUCGUUUGUGUUAUACCUGCGGAUACAACAAACCAACAGACGGAACAAUAGGGAUCAAUUGUGUGAACGAAACAUCCAAACUUUUUAAUCGUCAAACGAAGUGUUCCGACGACCGUGUGUGUACCUUCGAUGUCCAGUUCAACCGAGAUACCAACGAACUAGUGUCGGUUAAUCGGAACUGUCUGCCGUUCACCGCGCCCCGUUCUAACCAGUGUGUAGACGACUGGUCACACAGACAGUGUACAUACUCAUGUAGUACGGACUUGUGUAACAACAUGACAGCCGCGGAACUAAACAACAUUUAUGGAGGAGGGGGAGUGAACUCAGCACAUCCCUUGGUCCAAGUUGUCUCCCUUGUUUAUAGUAUCCUCGCAGUCUGCGUUGUUUGGGUGCUAUAG